AUGCUUGCCCCUGGCUCUGCUCAGACAUUGGAGCAGGGCUGGCAAGUAACAGGAGCAGCAGGAAGCCUCCAUAACCUGAAGAAAUUUAAUAAUCAAGACUUCAACCACCUGCGAGCCUUAUGUCUGAGCCAAGGGCUGCUUUUUGAGGAUGCCACCUUCCCUGCUCACAUCAGCUCCAUCGGUCCCAACCUGCUCCCAGAGGAUAAGCUGCGGCGAAUACAAUGGAAGAGGCCAACUGAACUUCAGAGAAAUCCUUAUUUGGUUGUGGAUGGAGUCAGCAGAUUUGAUAUCAUGCAAGGAGAAAUAGGUGACUGUUGGAUGCUGGCUGCCCUGGGCUCCCUGACACUGCAGAAACAUUUUUUAGAAAAUGUUUUACCAAAGGACCAAGGAUUCCAGGACAAUUAUGCUGGGAUCUUUCAUUUCCGGUUCUGGCAAUGUGGAGACUGGGUGGAUGUAGUGAUAGAUGACCGGCUGCCAUUUCUAAAUGGAAGAUACCUGUCUGUACACCCUCGAACAUCAAAUGAAUUCUGGCCAUCCUUGCUGGAAAAAGCAUAUGCCAAGUUACGGGGCUCCUACCAGCACUUACAUGGAGGGUACCUUUCUGAUGCCUUAGUAGACCUCACAGGUGGAGUCCAAAUGCAGUUUUCAUUGAAGGAUCCACCUCCUGAUCUGGAGGAGAUACUGAAAGCAGCUGACAAGUCUCGAUGUCUGAUGGGGUGUAGUACCUCAGGCCAGCUGAGGAACAUAGAGAUGAGGAAUGGAAUUGUACAAGGUCAUGCCUACACUGUUACAGGAGCUGUUAAGAUACGCUACAAGAAUGGCUGGAAACAUAUCAUCAGGAUCUGGAAUCCGUGGGGCCAUGGGGAGUGGAAGGGGCCCUGGAGUGAUACCUCUCCUCAGUGGGACCAUGUUGAGCCUGAAUACAGAGAAAAAUUCCUCAGAAAUAAGGAUGAUGGAGAAUUCUGGAUGUCCUGUGAAAACUUCAAGGAGCAGUUUUCCUGGCUGUACGUAUGUAACAGCACUCCAACGUUUCUGGACUUUGGAGAUCAGCAUUGCACAACGUGGUCUCUGGACAGGUACAACAACCUGUGGAGUCCAGUCCUUGCCACAGGCAGGAAAAACUAUUCUUCAGAGGACCAAGAAUUUGAAUUUCUCUUAAGAAUUUUCAUGAAAAAUCAAGACUACAAUGAGAACUCAGACUCCCUGCUCAAGCCAGUACUGCCGAUGGACUCAGCUAUUGAUGCCUCACAGCUGCAACAACUCCUUAAUGAAGUGAUCCUGCAAGAUGAAAUGACCAGCCUGGGAGGAGAAUUCAGCUUCGAUUCAUGCAGAGGCAUUUUAGCUCUGAUGGAUCUCAACUCUAAUGGACGACUGACGCUGCGGGAGUUCAGGAGCCUCUGGCGAAGUCUCACCAAGUACAUGGAUAUCUUCAGUGAAGAAAACAGAAAUCAUUCUGGAUUUCUUGAUGUGUCUGAACUGAAGAGUGCAAUACAGACAGCAGGUCUGGCUGCUGAUGAGCAACUCCUGCGCCUGAUGGCCUUGCGCUACAGCGAUGCCACCGGGAGAAUUGGCUUCUCUGACUUCGUGUGCUGCAUGUUUCGCCUUGAAACCAUGACCU